AUGGAAUCGUUUUCAUUCACAUUCCGAUACGAUGAUAAAGAUGGGGCUUCCAUGGCAAUGGAAGCGGAGUCCUUAAGGGAUGAAAGAAUAAAAGUGCAAACGAAGAAUUUGCUCAAUACCAUCUUGGCAGCAGGGAAGAUGCUUGGACCGCUUCCGAAGAAAAUGAUGCUGACAAUGAAACUACAGUAUUACAAUUCUGCUCCUAGUGAUUACAUGCCCAAUGGUUUUAAAAUCGACGAGAAUCCAGAAGUGAUCUUCCAAAGUGAUCCUAUCAACCUUAAGAUCGGUGUAGUCGACACCAGCUUCCAUAGUGUGCGUAUGAUCAUUCAUACUAUUCCAAGUCUAAUAACUGCUCCUCCCGAGAAGCUAAAGACCGCAAUGGAAGUGGUAAAGUCCAAAGCAAAGUCACAACCUUCGCACGUAAUCACAAUAAAGAGUUCAAAUAUUUGCCACACUCCCCGUUCGACUUAUCAGCCGACACAGUUAGAGGCAGAAGAACAGGCGGAGGAAGAAUUUGAGGUCGCUUGUCCGUGUGGCGUCAACCUGGAUGACGGAGUCAUGAUUCUCUGCGACGGCUGUGAGAAGUGGCAGCACGCUGUCUGUUUUCGCAUAAUUGAUGACGCCGACAUUCCUCAGUCGCAUCUGUGUAAUGCCUGUGCCAAAGUUAAGUCGCAUCUGCUCGAGUCUGGCAGCAAGACCGAUCCAACUCUUAUGCAGUUAACAGAAGAGGAGGCCAAAUCAAUUUGCCUUCUCCGUCGUGCUAUUCUACUAUGUAUCGAAAACGAUGUUCUCUCAGUUGGCUUGAUUGCGAAGAGACUGUCGGUUGAGGUAAAUGUGGCAAAGGGUCUUCUAAACAAACUGUUAGACGAGGGUGCUUUGAAGGAUGUGCGUGGGAGAAGUGGUAAUAAGGCCGUUCUGAAGGCGCAUGUUGAGGCCGUGCUUGUGCCUCGUAUCUUCUCGCCUGCAUGUGUGACACCCGAACUAGAGGCUGACGAUCUAAGUCGGUCGGAAAACGGCGCCACAUCGAUGAGGGGAAAGCGUGGGAAGUCUGUAGAUAUUGGCGGUCUCACAUCUACUGUAGAAGAGAUGCAAAUCACAAACAAUAUGAGCAUACUGAGUCAGGAAUCUACAGAUUCACCCAUACCGAGCAAGCGACGACGCAGUUACAACACAGUGAAUACGCCGAUCGCGAUUGCGCCCCGAUGA